AUGAGUGAAACGAAUUUAGGUGGCAGGGUGUUCAUUCAAACUGUUUUUGAUAAUGGAGGUAGAAGAUCAAUAAACAAAGCUAAAAUUCAUUCUAAACUGUCUCAAGAACCUAAAGAAAGUCCUAAAACUACGAAUAAACUGGUAUUACCUAACAUUUCUCUAAUUCAAAGAGGAAAUAUGCAGUCCAGCAAAAAUUCGAAUGUUGGAGAUUUGUCAGAUCGACAAGAGGAAAGCUUAAAUGAGUUUCACGGAAAUUGGGAGCUCCAAACCUCUUGUAGAAAGAAAAGGCACCAUAAUCACCACAAAGGUCAGGAGAGAUUGCGUGUGCUUGCUGCUUGUGACAGAUGUAAAAAAAGAAAGAAAAAGUGUGAUGGAUUAAAUCCUUGCAGCAAUUGUCUAGAAUCGUCAAACGAGUGUUCGUACGUGCACCUUACUUCAAAGGGAGUGCUUCUUCAAUAUGAGAAGAACCUCAACAGAAACGGUAGAAAUAAUUCAAAAUCAAAUAAAGCAACGGAAGAAAACCAGUCAGAACGUCUUAGAAAAGGGAACCAAGUGCAGAACUCUAACAUAACUCUUAAUCCCCAUCAAUGUCUAAUACCUGCUAAAGCACAUCCUGAAAGGCACGAUCUCAACUCAAAACCUCAAUUCACGACUAUAGAAAAAAAGAUGGAAAGGCUUCAGAAAGAGUUAACUAAUCUCAAAGAAGAUUUGAAAGUAUGUAAGGAUAUUUCUUUGACACCCAAUGUUACCACAGAUACCAGACACAAGCCUAGUGAUAGUUCUCCAGGCUCUUCUCAGCAACUAAACGAAUUUUAUGGAUCAGUAUGGCUCCUACUCAAAGAUACCAAUGGGGAGUCUGUUGCAGGUCCCACAGCCAUUAUAACUAAAGUGAAUUUCAUCAAAAAUUGGAUAGCAUCUAAAAUAUACAGAGAAGCUCAAUCUUCUCUUCGCCCUCCUCCUGAUCAUGAUGUCUACAUCAAAAGUAUUGAUCAAGAUGGCUUGAAGAUUAGUAUUCCUCCCACUUCAGACAUCCCACUUGAGAAAACAUAUGUUGAAUACUAUUAUUCACUAAUGUCUCAGAGAUAUUACUUUUUUGAAAAGAGUCAUAUAGAAGAUUUAAUUGCUGAAUAUGUUGAGACCGGUGGUAAAUUUGAUCCUAAUUCCAAACUAAAUGGAUUCCAAGAUGAUGCGCACAAAAAAACAGCUAUGUUUCUUGUUCUGGCAGUUGGUUGUAGACUACUCAAGCUUUCCAAAGGCAUUAGUGUCCUCACACCUAAGAUAUAUUUUGACAAAGCCAUUGAUUCACUGUCAAAGAUUGGUCCUGAGCUAAAUCUAGUAGAUCAAAUUAGGCUGAUUAUGUUAAUUGCUCUCUAUUCACUCCAUUCGUAUAACCAUAAUAUCCAAUUUAUUAUGAAUAUCUGGGAACUUUCAGGUCUUGCAAUAAGAAAAAUGACUCAAGUAGGGUUGCACAGGUACACUAUCCCAACUCUGAAAACUUCAAAAGAGUAUGAAAUGAAGAAGAGGUUAUUUUGGUCGAUUUACUCGUUUGAGAAAAUUCUGUGUCUAACUUUAGGUAGACCUGCUUCAAUUUCAGACGACGAGAUUGAUGUUCCAUACCCUUUAAAUAUAGACUCUUUGGAGACUUUAACGAAUGAAGAAUUGCUUCACCUUCAAAUUGAGCAACAACGUAUACAAUAUGAAACACAAAAUCAUCGUGUUCUUCAUCCGGCGAAAGUUUCGCUGACAUAUUACUUGAUUCAACUUUGCCAAGUAAGAGAAAUAGAGGCAAGAAUUAGCCGUUUAGAAAGAAUGAUGUCCAUUCCAAUCAAUUUGAAAAAUGUUCGUACACAAGUUAGUAUCAGCGGUAAAUAUAUCACUCAGUUUAAUAAGAUUCAACAAGAUUUGGAAAUUUGGAGAAAGCAACUUCCGUCUCCUCAAGAAUUCAAUGAAGGAAUGCAAAACCAGAUUCACUUUCAAUAUUUGGUAAUGUGUUAUCACAGGGCCAAAGUAUUUUUAUACUUGGCUCGUAUUAUGCAAAACCAAACAAAAGAUGAGGAAAUGAGUUCUGUUUUUUGUGAAACUUGUGAAGCAGCUGGUGGUGUGUGUAGAUCAUACAUGAUCAUUUCUAAAGGGCAGGUGUUUGCAUAUAGUAUGUUCACACUGCAUACUCUUUUUUUGGUUGAAUUCUACUCACUUAUUGCAUUUUAA